AUGCCUAUGCCGGUCCCGCACCUCCGCCGUUCUUCCUUGGCGGGUAAAUCCUCUGUGGAAGACUCUCCUGUCAGCGGCGACGAAGAAAUCGUCGAACCCGACCAGGGAAAUGUCUUGUCGCACAUUAUUUCACAGUUGCGACCGGGCGCCGACCUGAGUCGCGUUGUCCUGCCUACAUUCAUUCUUGAGCCUAGGUCCAUGCUGGAGCGAAUCACCAACUUCAUGGCCCAUCCCGAAACCCUCCUUCCUAUGUCUACUAUCGAAGACCCCGUGGAACGAUUCGUUUCGGUUGUGAAAUUCUACCUGAGUGGCUGGCACAUCAAGCCUCCAGGUGUCAAGAAACCGCUAAACCCCAUCCUCGGCGAAACAUUCACCUGCUACUGGGAUUAUCCCGAUGGAACCCGCGGUUACUAUGUCUCCGAGCAGACCUCCCACCACCCUCCCAAGUCGAGCUAUUUCUUCGCGGCGCCCGAGCACAAUAUUCGUAUCGAUGGAACCCUCAAGCCCCGCAGCAAAUUCCUGGGUAACUCCGCGGCCAGCAUGAUGGAAGGUAUUGCGAUUCUUCGACUGUUGAAUCAUGGCCAGGACAAGAACAAGGGCGAGCGAUAUAUUGUGACCCAGCCCAAUAUGUACGCCCGUGGUAUUCUGUUCGGUAAAAUGAAAUAUGAGCUUGGAGAUCACAGCUACGUGCGAUGCCCGGAAAACAACCUGGUGGCCGACAUCGAGUUCAAGACAAAGGGUUACUUCUCCGGCACAUAUAAUGCUAUUGGAGGCACUAUCAAGAACGAAAAGACCGGUGAGGUGCUAUAUGAGCUAUCUGGCAUGUGGAACGGCGAGAUGUCUAUCAAGGACGUCCACAGCCACAAAAAGAAUGUCCUAUUCGAUGCCACCCACGCCAAACACUCGAAGCCCGUCGCCCGCCCCAUUUCCGAACAAGGAGAACGCGAAUCACAACGUUUAUGGCAGAAUACAGUCCAGGCCAUCAUUUCCCGCAAUCAUGAAGCCGCCACAGAUGAAAAGACCAAGAUUGAGGACCGCCAACGCGAAGAAGCUGCCAAGCGCGCUGACGAGGGUAUUGACUGGAAGCCUCGCUUGUUCCGUCCCAUCCAAGGUGGGCCCGGAGGUGCAGAUGAGGGAGAGGAGGACCUCGAUUGGAUUAUCAACGCGCAGGUCGACCCCCAUGACGUCGAACUAGCCAAGAAACAAAUCCUCGCUAUAGCGCCUAUCGUCCAAGCGGCAUCCCAGGACAUCACAGCUAAUGCCGCACUCCCACACACAGGAACCUCAGCCGAAGAAACUAAACCAGAGAUCGUGGAGCGACAAGAUACCCAAACCUCAGCCGUGGACGAAUUCGUGGACGCGGAAGAGCACCAAUAG